AUUACGACGAGUGCGCCAGUCCGGACAGUAAUGACUGCAGUCCACACGCCGUGUGUGAGAACCAGCUGGGCGGGUUUACCUGUCUGUGUCGCACGGGCUACCAGGACAGGUCACCGCAAGGCAGGCCGGGAAGGAAAUGCUACAACUCUACCCUAGUUGCCGGGGUAACUAUGGGGCUGGUGGCAUCAGCGCUUCUUAUAAUCGUCCUGGCGGUCUGCUGUUGUCGACAAAGGAAGAGAACAGAGCCUGUUGGAGUAGGUGACCUUGUAUGGGGUAAACAGGGCGUGCGGUCGUUCUGGUGGCCGGGAGAGGUGGUACAGGGCAGGAACGGGAACUCUCUCUGGGUCCGCUGGUUCGGACUCAACACUUUCUCUCCUGUCAGCGAACUAAAAGUUCACAAGUUCCAGUCACUGAAGCAACACUACGAUUCGGAAGCUAACAAGACCAUGCAGUCCUACCGCGAAGCUUUGAAGAGAGUUCUGGAGAAAAAGAACUCACAACGAAGAGACAUGUACGAACUGACAUUGGAAAAUGAGACCCUUCCGUCGUAUUCAGAAACCCUUCUCGAUGAGACCACACCUCCAGAGGAUCAUCCGUACCAGGACGUCAUUAACGAGUAUGCACGGCUGAUGGUACCCCCGUCACGGCAAAUCGACGAGUCCACCGCAGAGGUUCAUGGGUACACUAACGGCGCACUUCUAGAAGACGAGGGUCCGUACCGAGAAAUGGAAGUCAGAUGAACACAGCAUGGAGACAGGUCCUGGAUACUGCCGACCCACGGGUCCUUGGGAAGUAGAAAUACGUGUUGAACAGAAAUUAGUGUUGUAGUGUUUCACCAGUCCUGACAAUUGUUGUAAAA